AAGAAUGCUGAAAACAAAACAGAGGCUUUAUGGUGCAAAAUCCCCAACUCCUCCCCCGGCUCUCCCGGCACCGAGAAUUCCAGAGAAAUCCGGGAAUUCCGGAGAAAUCGGCACGGAGCGGGCGGGAAUCGCACGGGGCCCUCACGGGGCCCUCACGAGUCCUCUGAGGGCCCGGGGGAUCCCAAAGGAUCCACAGGAUCCCAGAGGGAGCAGGAGGGAAUCCCACAGGGCCCAGGGGAUCCCACAGGAUCCCACAGGGAGCAGGAGGGAAUCCCACAGGGCCCAGGGGAUCCCACAGGGCCCAGGGGAUCCCACAGGGCCCAGGGGAUCCCUCAGGAUCCACAGGAUCCCACAGGGGCCGAGGGAUCCACAGGAUCCCAGAGGGAGCAGGAGGGAAUCCCACAGGGCCCAGGGGACCCCACAGGGUACAGGGGAUCCCUCAGGAUCCACAGGGAGCAGGAGGGAAUCCCACAGGAUCCACAGGGCCCUGGGAAUUCCACAGGGCCCAAGGGAUCCCACAGGGCCCAGGGGACCCCACAGGCAGGAGGGAAUCCCAGAGGGCCCAGGGGAUCCCUCAGGGCCCAGGAGAUCCAAAAGGAGCAGGCAGGAAUUCCUCCAGACCCAGAGGAUCCCAGAGGGAAUCCCUCAGGACCGUGAAGAUCCCACAGGAUCCACAGGGACACCACAGAACCCCACAGGUCUCUCCCAGAGCAGGGAUAAGAUGGAAAUCCGGGAUUUAGGGACACGAGAAGUGCAAUCCCCGUUUGUUUUGGGGGUUUUGGGGGGAAGGAGCCCCACACUGAGGCGGGAGGAGCUGUUCUGGCUCUGCAUCUGCAGCCUCAGGGACAAAAUUCCUCUUUUAAGGAAUUCCAUGGGAGCUGCAGAGCAGGAAAGGUUGGGGGAAAUCUCAGUGAAGAAUUCCAGGAGGAAUCCCUCAGCUUUCCUAAUCACUGUCCGCUCCCUCAGUAAUUCUCCAUCAUUUGUCAAUUAAAGGUGACCAAGAAUUUGAGGUCUGUGUUUUAAUCCUGAUAAAAAAUUCCAGAUAAAAAUCAGCUACUUCACUCCUGAUUUAAAAUUCCCAAAUCCUGAUAUUCCAGCUGAAAAAAAACCCCAAACAUUAACUGACAAAGAGAACAUCUAUAAAAUAAAAUUUCCAUGGAGGGGUUGUCUCAAUCGUGGAAAACAAAAUUCAGUUCAUGGUUUAUCCACAUGGCAAAAGCAGAAGGCUACAAAUUUCCUCCUUAAAAACCUAAGCAUGGGAAAUUCAGGAAAAGCUUAGGAAGAGUCUGAACAGGCAUGGAUUUUAAAUCCUCAAAAAAACCAGCUUGCAUUAAAAAAUAAUUAAAAAAAACACCUAAAUUGCCCCUUCCAUGAGGGAAAAGCACCAAUAUACUCAUUAAAAACCUCCCCACUUCCAGCCAGAUCCCUGGGCUGUCACUUGAUGGGGAUGGUUUGGGAUAAACGUGGAUCAAGGGGGGAAUUCCCAAGCCCAGACCCCGUGGCUGGAACUCCUCCAAAAUCCUGUUUGAUCCCAGAACUGCUCCGAGCUGGGAUGGUUUGGAUGCACUUGGAGAUUUGGAGAUUUGGGAUUCACGUCACAGCCAGACCACCCAACAAUCCCUGCUCCAUGUGCAGCCAAAACUGGGAAAGGGCUGGAACUGGAGCCGCUUUUCCAAUUUAUCACCUGGUCAUCAACACUGCUGGAUCCCAGGAAAAAGGGAUCAAACACCACAAGGGAUCAAACACCACAAGAGCCACUGAUAGGGUACUGAUAAGAGAAAAGCAAAGCACCACUUAAAGCCAUUUAAAGAAAAAUUUGGGGUUUUUUAAAUCCAGUCCAACUGAUGGUUUGUAACCAUUUCCAAGGAAAAUCUGAAUUUUGGGAUGGCACAGCCUUGACAGGAAGCAUCACUAAAAUCCAAUGGCUGCUUGAGGGCUCCAAAGAGGAUCAAGGUAUUUGGUACCUUUAACUCCUGUGGUUUCAUUCCACAGAUUGGGGAUUAAAGGACAAUUCCCAAAAUGAGAAUAAUCCCUAAAAUCUUUAUGUUUCACCAAGCACUGUUCCCAUCCCAAAAAACUUUGUGGAACACGAGAAAUAAUCAACAGGAGAGCAGAAUGUGCUCGUGCAAGUCCAGGUCAGAGCUUCCUACCCCGAGCCAGCCUGGGUUUGCCCCUCCUGUGAAGUGUGCUGGUUCCUACAGCUGCAAACAUGGAAAUUCCCCCCAGGAAACCCAAAAUUCCCACUGGAAAUGUCAUUCCUUCAACACUUCAGAGCCUUAGGAUAAUUUAUUAACAACCCCAGGAACAACAUUGUGCAAACACCAUCUCCAGAACUGCUGGAGAGUCACCUGAGCAUCUUCACGGAGCGACUGUGAGGAAAAAACAGCCCCAAAGCACCAAUCCCUGGCUGGGAUGAUCCAUCUAAAAAUACCUACCAGGUUCUCCAGGUCAGAGCCACUAGAGCAGGAAUGUUUGUGUGUGACUGGAACGGGAAUGAGGGGUGAGAGCAGGGCAGCAGAGCCGAGGCACCGGGGUGGAAGCCAUGCAAACACAGAGCUGUGGGGGCAGGCAGAGCUCUCCCAUCGCUGCGGGGACUGGGAGCACUGGUGGGACACACACACACACACGGCUGGGACACGGGAGCAGAGGGGCUGGGAGAAGUGGGAGCAUGGAGAAGAACCUGUGGUGGAUGUGGGACACAAAUCAAAGCCUGGGUUUGUGGUUUAGGGAAUGUCCUUUGGCACUCUUGAGGAUGAAAACUCAAAUCUGCGGGAGGAAGAGGAGCACGUGGAGGCAGCUGCCCGGUCACUGCACCCACUCACCAGUGCCAGGCUGCUCCACAACGGAAUAUUCUGCUCUUGGAAGGGAUCUGCCCUCACUCUGGGCAGAUUUAGGGAUUCUGCUGCCUGGGGCUGCCCCAUCUUCAUGACCAACCCCAAUUUCCCAUCCAAACUGAUUUUUCUUCCCCCCUUGUUUCAUGUUCGUGACCACCACCAGCUUUUGGUGGAGGCACCGAAUCCAUCAUUAGUUUUAAUUUAGUAGAACUAAGGAAUUCUGUAAAACUAAGGAAUUCUGUGGGUAUCUAAGGGGUCCAAACUACAGAGAACAGAAUCAAUAAAUCCUCUGCUUUCCACUCAAGAGUUGUGUCCCUGUGAAACAGCACAAAACCUAAGGAAGUUUUUACAGGAUAAAACCAUCAUGAAAAAUCAUAUCCCAGUGUGUGCUCCGCCCCUUGGGACUGACCAGUGGGGACAAAACCAAAACCAGAGUGACUGAGAAAUCAAAGGGAAAAAAAUCAACAUCAACCCCAGAACUGGACGUGCUGUCCAGUGAGAGCUGAGAGUUUGCAGCAUGCUCUGCUCUAGGGGACAGUGCUGGUUUUUGGAGGCACACAGAGCACAGCAGAACUCACAGGAGCAGGCAGAAGAGAGACAGGUUAAGAAGCAAUUAAGGCAGGGUUAAGGAAAUGCAGACAAUUCCUGCCACUCGGAUCCAGGGCUGAGCUUACCAUGACCUGGCUAAUGAAGGAGACCUGCAGCUUCUGCCUGGCAACCAUGAAGGGGCAGCACUUAUUUAGAAAGGAUCCUCCUUACAGCCUUCAACGUUCAGUGAUGAAACAGAAAAUGGAUUUUCAGACUCUUGUGAUGCUCUGGAAGAAUUCCCUGCAUUUCUUUUCUCCAGGUGGGAUUCUCCAGAGCAGCCAGCUGAGGCUCUUUCAGCAGCAUCAGGCACUGAAAAUGCACUUUCGAACACUGGGGCACCCUCAAAUUUUGCCUGUUUUUAAUCUCUUGCUGCUGGCAGGAAAAAAUCCCCCUUCAGAGGAUCACACACUCUCCCAAGUUGUGAUUUCCAUCCAGGACAUGUGGAUGUGUGAGGAGAUACAGGCAGAGCAAGGAAAAGCAGCUGGCAUGCAAAGGAGUGUGCUGGGAUCCCAUUCCCUGCCAGCCACAAGCUGCUCAUUUUAAGAGCAUUUUCUCUGGUGUUUUCUCUCACUGGGUAUGUUCUCACAUAAAAAAGGUCCUGAUCUAAAUCAGUUUGGGAUGUUUAGUGUAAUUUUUUUAGUGCUCCAGGAGUUUCCCUGCUGCAGGAGGCACUGAAAAUUCCCCUUUUCUUCCCUUCCCAACCUCACUCCCAUCAGCUCCCCUGGGAUCCUGGCAUUCAAAAGGUUCUGCCCCCCACACAAACACCAGCCCAGUGUCCAACCAGCAGCCUGACCCUGCGAUUCUCUGCUCACUAAAAAAGGCAAUUCAGCAGCUCCUGACACCCUGAGGGAGCGGGGAUGGAGGGCGGCCGAGAUGGGACGUCGGUGAGGCAUGAGGCACACACGGGAGUCACAGUGAGACAGCUAUGGGGCAGUGAUGGAGAAAUCCAGCUCAAAACACACACGAGAAGCAAGGCCUGUGGAAGCACAG